GUCAUGGCGCGCCUGCUCCGGACGUUCUGGGCCUUGCCCUUCCGAGAAGUAGCCCGGCGGACCGGAGCGGGCCUAGCGGGCAGCGGCGGCGCCGGCACGGGGGCAGGUCACGCGAACGCAGGUUCCCAUUUAACCACCCCGGGUCCCUCACAGAGCGCGAGCCAGUCUCUCGCCCGGAGCGAGUGGCAAAAGAAACUGACUCCAGAGCGGUUCUACGUCACGAGGCGAAAGGGAACCGACCCGCCUUUCAGUGGGAUCUACCUGAAUAACAAGGAAUCAGGAACGUAUCACUGCGUGUGCUGGGACAACCCACUCUUCAGCAGCUGCCGUGUGGCCAAUGUCUUCCCCGGUUCCGAGAAAAAGUACUGCUCCGGCACCGGACGGCCUUUGUUUUCUGAGGCUCACGGGACGUCUGGCUCCGAUGAAAGGGACGCGGGGAUCCUGAGAGGCGUGGACAUCUCGUUAGGAUUAACUCGCACCAAGGUUGUCUGCAAGCAGGUGGGGCUUUUUUGUUUUGUCUCUUUGGUUUUCCCCGAUGCUGCAAAGAGCAUAGCUGGUGUUAUGAUGCGGGAGUAUUUUCGUACUUUUCUACACUUGCUACUUCAGAUCCUUCUCCCAUCAUUCUGGGCACUGCAGGGAAGAGAAAGAACCUUCCUGAGCCAUUCUCUGACGUAGCCGUUCCUGGUUGUGGCCUUCCAGAGAUGGGGCAGAGGGAGGGAGAGAGAGAGAGAGACAGAGACAGAGUGAGCAGA